AUAUAUCUAAGCAAUAUCAUCUACAAGCUAUUAGCUAGGUAAUACUAUUACCUGUAUAAUGAGAAUGUUCCCCUCAAGGUUAUUUGUUUGCUGUCUGCUGGGAAGUGUUUCCCUAGUGUAUGGACAGCAGACUUUAAUAGUGAACACAGGACCCACUGAACCACCCACCACCUGUCCUGACCUCACUGUACCAGCCAAUGGAGUGAUCAGCUACAAUUUGGGGACUGCUAGUCUGAGACCAGUGGACACUGUGGCCACCUAUACCUGUGUCACUGGCUACACUCUCGAUGGAGUCACCACCAGAACUUGUGGGAGUGAUGGAGUGUGGAGUAGUUUUUUCGAAAUUUUUUUUUUGAGUGGGAGUGGGAGUGGUAGUGGGUCACCUCCCAAUAAUUGUUAUGUGAACACAGGACCCACUGAAACACCCACCACCUGUCCUGACCUCACUGUACCAACCAAUGGAGUGAUCAGCUACAAUAUGGGGACUGCUAAUCUGAGACCAGUGGACACUGUGGCCACCUACACCUGUGUCACUGGCUACACUCUCGAUGGAGACACCACCAGAACUUGUGGGAGUGAUGGAGUGUGGAGUAGUUUUUCCGAAAAUCUUUUUUUUUUGAGUGGGAGUGGGAGUGGUAGUGGGUCACCUCCCAAUAAUUGUUAUGUUAUUGACUGUGGCGACCUCUUUGACCCCUCCAAUGGAGCAGUGAACACAUCCUCCGGAACAACCUUCAUGAUGACUGCUACCUACACCUGUAACACUGGAUACAAUCUGACUGGUGAUACAACCAGGACUUGUCAGGCUAAUGGAACUUGGAGUGGGACUGCCGCUUGUACUCCUGUUGACUGUGGCUCCCUAUCUGACCCUGGGAAUGGAAUUGUUGAUGCAUCCAAUACCACCUUCAUGAACACUGCUACCUACAACUGUAACACUGGCUACAAUCUGACUGGUGAUACAACCAGGACUUGUCAGGCUAAUGGAACUUGGAGUGGGACUGCCGCUUGUACUCCUGUUGACUGUGGCUUCCUCUCUGACCCUGGGAAUGGAAUUGUUGAAGCAUCUAAUACCACCUUAAUGAACACUGCUACCUACAACUGUAACAAUGGCUACAAUCUGACUGGAGACAUGACCAGGACUUGUCAAGCUAAUGGAACUUGGAGUGGGACUGCUCCAACUUGUGAAAUUGUUACCUGUCCAAUCCUCCCUGCUCCCACCAAUGGAAUGGUUGAUGAACCUAGAAACACCUUUGGGAGCAAUGCCACCUACACCUGUGACACUGGCUACACUCUCAAUGGAGACACUACCAGGACUUGUGGGAACGAUGGAUCUUGGAGUGGCAGUGAACCAACUUGUAAUCUUGUUGACUGUGGCCCCCUCACUGGCCCCUCCAAUGGCUUGGUCACUGUAACUAUUACCACAUUCAGAGGCACUGCUGUGUAUACAUGUAACAAUGGCUACAAUCUGACUGGUGAUAUGACCAGGACUUGUCAGGCUAAUGGAACUUGGACUGGGACUGUUCAAAUAUGUGAUCCUGUCAACUGUGGUGACCUCACUGACCCCACCAAUGGAGCAGUGAACACAUCCUCCGGAACCACUUUUAAUAUGAACGCUACCUACACCUGUAACACUGGCUACAAUCUGAUUGGAAUUACGCCCAGGACUUGUCAGGCUACUAAUGAAACUUGGAGUGGCAGUGAACCAACUUGUGAAAUUGUCACCUGUUCAAUCCUCCCUGCUCCCACCAAUGGAAUGGUUGAUGAACCUAGAAAUACCUUUGGAAGCAAUGCCACCUACACCUGUGACACUGGCUACACUCUCAAUGGAGACACUACCAGGACUUGUGGGAACGAUGGAUCUUGGAGUGGCAGUGAACCAACUUGUAAUCAUAAGUUUAGAUAUAUAUUCCUCGCAAUCUCUAAGAACUCUUUCUUUUAG